UGACUCUAGGUCUCUGUCUUACAAACUGAGCCAGCAGCUCAUAUAUGUGUAGUUUUGAUUUACUAAAGGGCAAUAAACUUUAACCGGUCAAUGAAGCAAUGUAACUGCAAGUCACAGUGAGCCAGGCACCCAUGUUGUACCGAGCUGCUGCACUGCGCAUGCUCUGAAAGGAAACUGAAGCAUAUAAUUGUAGCUAGCUUGAUUUCAACGGUUACUGUCAUUACGCAGCGCGAGCCAUGCUAGCCGAGCAUUAGUGAGCUUCACACGGACUUAAAAUGACCUUAAAGAGGGGGUUUGAUGGUCGUAACGCGGGCCUUACUCGACUACAGCUGUAAAGGAAGCUUUUUAUUUGGGAAAGAAAAGAAGGAAUGAUCUACCGGCGCGUUAACGUUAGUGUGCUAGCGUCAGCUAACUAGCAUCGGGGCUAACCGGAAGCUGACAGACCAGGAAGUGAAGGUGGGUGGAGCUGAUGACGCAGUCAGGGACCAAACAGUGACAGCAGCACUUUAUCUGACUGCUAUGAAGCUUGAUGUUUGAUUAACAGUAUAGAUUUGAAAAACGUGGAACAAUGGACGCCGACUCAAAAGCCACCUCUGAGCGGAUCCUGCUGGAACCAUACAAGUACCUGUUGCAGCUGCCAGGGAAACAAGUGAGGACGAAACUCUCGCAGGCUUUUAACCACUGGCUCAACGUCCCGGAGGACAAACUGCAGGUGAUCAUCGAGGUGACGGAGAUGCUCCACAACGCCAGCCUGCUCAUCGACGACAUCGAGGACAGCUCCAAGCUGAGGCGAGGCUUCCCUGGCCACAGCAUCUACGGCGUCCCCUCCAUCAACUCCGCCAACUACGUCUACUUUGGGACUGGAGAAGGUCUGACCCUGGAGCACCCGGAGGCCGUCCGAGUGUUCACCAGCCAGCUGCUGGAGCUGCACCGCGGUCAGGGCCUGGACAUCCACUGGAGAGACACCUACACCUGUCCCUCGGAGCAGGAGUACAGGAACAUGGUGCUGCAGAAGACAGGAGGGCUGUUCGGGCUGGCGGUGGGCCUCAUGCAGCUCUUUUCUGAAUUUAAACAGGACCUGAAACCUCUCCUGGACACGCUCGGACUCUUCUUUCAGAUCCGAGACGACUACGCCAACCUGAGCUCUCGAGAGUACAGCGAGAACAAGAGCUUCUGCGAGGACCUGACGGAGGGGAAGUUCUCCUUCCCGACCAUUCACGCCAUCUGGUCGCGCCCGGAGAGCACUCAGGUGCAGAACAUCCUGAGGCAGCGCACCGAGAACAUGGACAUCAAACGGUACUGCGUGGACUACCUGGAGAGUGGGUCGUUCGCUUACACCCGUCACACCCUGCGGGACCUGGAGGUGGAGUCGUACCGGCUCAUCAAGGAGUUCGGGGGAAACCCGCAGCUGGAGAGUUUAGUCAAACACCUCAGUCAGAUGCAUCACGAGGCGGAGGCGUCAGCAGAGACCAUGACUGAUCCACGGUCCAGCCACGACGCCUGAACUCACGUACCCGCCACUUUAAAUAAAGACAACACGCAAUGCAACGACUGUCACCCACACCGCUUUGUUUAUACGAUAUCAGUGUUUUCUACCAGACAGGAAGAAGUAUUGUAUCAGUGUCUCUCAUCAUUACGGCGUAUCACGUGGAGAAAGUGAAAUAUGGAGAUGAUUAUUGAAAAGAUUUCAGAGCUUAACUGAAACGAACGACUCAGGAUCCCACUCCUCUUCCUGACGCCUCGCACCUUUUUGUCCAGGUCCACCUUUCACUCGCCAACCGACUGAUACAAACUCAUCUUCCUCUGAUUUUAAUUCAAUAAACCAGUCCCCAAAAUUGCCCAAAUCACAA